GUUGGUUUAGCAAGUUACGUAAACGUAAUAAUCAGAUUUAACUUCAACUAUUAAUUUGCCUGAUUAACGAUGUUCAUAUAGAAUUUUUCAAUCCAAAAAUUGAGGAGCUACAACUAAUAACCUGAUCAAUUUAUAUACUAAGGUACCAUUUGCAUUUAGAUCACCGCAAAACAUAUAGAGAGCUAUUUAAGCAGUUAGUUAGCGAUUUGAUCCCCUAUGAUGGCUUCUCUAAUGAGCCAAGCAACUUUUCACUUGGAAUUUAGACCCAAAAUCAUCAUUAAUCAAUCAUUUCCAUCUUCAAAUGUAAUCUCAUCAGCUUCCCAAAAUUCUACUCCGUAUUUUUGGACACCAUUGAGUACUACAACAAGGGAAGAGAUACCGAUUCGGCGAUCCGGAAACUACCCCUCUCUCAACUGGGACUUCGAGUACGUGCAGUCACUUGAAAAUGAGUUCACGGGAUUAAGGUACAUCAAGAGACGUGAUUUGCUGAAGGAGAAAGUUAGAAGAAUGCUGGAUGAGGAGGAGGUGGAGCCAUUAUAUCAGUUGGAAAUGAUUGACGUUUUGCAAAGGCUUGGAGUUUAUUAUCACUUCAAAGACCAGAUCAACUCAAUUUUAAGUGCAAUUCAUAAGGAGAUGAUCAAUGACCUCUUGAAUAGAGGUAAUUUUGUUCCAAAUGGAAAAGAUUUGUAUGCAACAGCUCUAGGAUUUAAACUCCUGAGACAACAUGGUUUUCCUUUGUCCGAAGAUACAGAGAUAUUUGAUAGGUUCAAGGACGAGGAAGGGAAUUUUGAGGCAUAUCAUUGCAGUGACAUGAAAGGGAUGCUUCAAUUGUUUGAAGCUUCCUUCCUUUCAACAGAAGACGAUACAACUUUAGAAUCAGCAAGAGAUUUUACAGCCAAACAACUCCAGAAGAGUAUUGAAGAUACAAGAGUUAUAGCAUUAGACCAAGAACUAUUUUUGUUGGUCCAACAUGCCCUAAAGCUUCCUUUGUGGUGGAGAGUGCCAAGGGUAGAGGCGAGGUGGUUCAUAGACCUGUACGAGAAAAGAUCACACAAGAAUGAUAUUUUUCUUGAACUUGCCAAAUUAGACUUUAAUAUUGUCCAAGCAACGCAUCAGAACGACCUCAAAUUUGCCUCAAGGUGGUGGGAGGGUACGUGUUUGGGAAGUAAGCUAAAUUUUGCGAGGAAUAGAUUAGUUGAAAAUUUCUUUUGGACAAUAGGAGUAAACUUUGAGCCUCAAUACAGCUAUUUCAGAAUCAUGGCUACUAAGGUCAACGCUUUGAUUACAACAAUAGAUGACGUUUAUGACGUUUAUGGCAGUUUGGAUGAAUUGGAGCUUUUUACGAAUGCCGUGGAAAGGUGGAAUGUUGAAGCGAUGGAUGAUCUUCCAGACUACAUGAAGAUUUGCUAUAUGGCAAUGCAUAACGCUACUAAUGAAAUGGCUUACGAUGCCCUAGUGACACAAGGCAUCCAUAUCGUUCCAUACCUUCAAAAAGUGUGGGCGGAUAUAUGCAAAACCUAUUUGCAAGAAGCAAAAUGGUACCACAGCGGCUACAUACCAACCUUGGAAGAGUACAUAGGCAAUGCAUGGAUUUCAAUUUCAGCUCCUGUAAUACUUGUUCACGCUUAUUUCUUCAUCAGUGAUGAUACAACAACAAUUACUAAAGAGGCAUUAGAAUCCCUGCACCCAUACCACAAUCUAAUCCGUUAUUCAGCCAUGAUUUUGCGCCUUGCUGACGAUUUGGGAACAUCUUCGGAAGAGCUGAGACGUGGGGAUGUACCGAAAUCAAUACAGUGUUACAUGAAUGAAAAGGAGGUUACUGAGGAAGAAGCUCGGGAGUACAUCAAACUAUUGAUCAGUGAAACAUGGAAGAAAUUGAAUAAAGAACGAGUUGGACAUAAUUUGCCUUUUCCUGUACAAUUUGUAGAGGUCGCAGUGAAUCUAGGAAGGAUGGCACAAUGUAUGUACGAGUAUGGUGAUGGACAUGGUCAUUCCAAUCCACAGACAAAGGAUCGGAUCCGGAGGUUGUUGUUUGAUCAUAUUAUUGUUUGAUAAUUCAUAGGUGAGACUUUACGAAAUUUAUGUAACUAAUAUAUAUGUAAUAAUUGCGGGUGCGAGCGGAUUACUCCUAACCUGAUCUCGUGUUUUUUACUCUUAUCAUUCUAUCUAACCU